AUGCGACCAUUAUUAUUCUAUAUUUGUAAAGAUUUGACAACAGGUGGAUCCUUUGGUUCUUUAAAUUCAGAAGUGGUAGAUGAAAGUUGGGACAGGAAUUGGGUUUCUUACCAAUAUUUUCGACGUGGUUUUAUCUUUAUGACAAUUAUCUGGGGAUAUGGUCUUCUUUCUGAGGUUUUAGUUCGUGCUAUGAUUAUUUACAAUCUUACGCCCGUCAGAAUGUCACCUGAUAAAGCACUUGCUGCGUCAAACAUAAUACAUUAUGUUUGGUUAGCUAAAUUUGCAUUAUUAACUCUAUUUCUCGUUAGACGGAUGAAGAAACAAAAGGAAAAUUUAAGUUCUGCUUCUGAUCUGUCUCUUAUACACAUCUAG